CCUGUUUAUAUUAAAAUUAAAUUACUAAACCAUUUUUAUUUUUGAUUAAGUAAUUUAGUUACUUAACCAAGAAUUGUUAGCAUUAAAAAAUUGUUUGUCAUUGCUUGUUCUUAGUUGAACUUUUUUGGAAAUGUUUCGCAAUCAAUACGAUAGUGAUGUUACUGUUUGGAGUCCGCAAGGGCGGCUUCACCAAGUGGAGUAUGCCAUGGAAGCUGUAAAAUUGGGUUCAGCUACAGUAGGUUUAAAAAAUAAGGAUUAUGCGGUUUUAGUGGCCUUGCGCAGGGCGUCUUCAGAACUCUCUUCGUCACAGAGAAAAAUUAUUCCAAUUGAUGAUCAUUUGGGAAUAUCAAUUUCUGGAAUCACUGCAGAUGCCAGAGUAUUAAGUCGUUAUUUACGUACUGAAUGUCUCAAUUAUAAGUACUCGUACGAUACCGCUUAUCCGGUUUCCAGGUUAAUAACAAAUCUUGGUAAUAAGAUGCAAAUCACUACACAACGUUAUGAUCGUCGACCAUACGGUGUAGGUCUGCUUGUUGCCGGAUACGAUGAAAUGGGCCCACAUAUAUAUCAGGUUGUUCCAUCGGCGAACUUUUUUAACUGUAAGGCUAUGUCUAUAGGUUCACGUUCUCAAAGUGCACGCACAUAUUUAGAACGUCACUUAAACACAUUUGCCGAAUGCAGUAAAGACGAAUUAAUUUGUCAUGGCAUUCAAGCAAUUCGUGGUUCACUACCAAAUGAGGAGCUCGGAGUAAAAGAUAAUCCAUCGUCGGUGUUGAAUAUAUCUGUAGCCGUUGUUGGGCGCAAUCAACCCUUUAAAAUACUUGAUGAUGAAGAAAAUACAUUCUAUUUAAAUAUGGCUAAAGAACGUGGAGCUGCUAUUAUAACUUCACGAACUCAAGACGAUGACUCUUUACCGCCAACAGGAGAUGGAGAUACACCUGACCCAACUGCUUCUGAUCCCGUUGUAGCUGUUUCUACAAUGGAACAUUAAUAUUUUGUACAAUCCUUUAAGUAUAUUUCUUCGAAAGAAAAUAUGUCCAGGAUUAAAAUUUAACUCGGUUCAUUUAUUCUGGUUUUAUGCUCUUACAAUAAAAUUAAAUAUUUAUCAGAGGUUUAAAAAUACAAUUUCUACCAAUAAAACCAAUUUGCCAAAAUGUUGGAUAAAUUGAGUUAAUUUUUUACCAUCUCAAA